AUGGCUACGAAUACAUCAUCAUUUACUACCAUCCCCGUAUUGGAUUACUCCCUUUCCACGGCAUCGACCACCAAGUCGCAGUUCCUAUCCGAUCUUCGGAAUGCACUGAUCAAUGUGGGGUUCUUCUAUCUGAUCAAUGCGCCCAUUGCACCUCGAGUCCAACAGGGUGUAGUGGAUAAGUGCAAGGAAAUCUUUGACCUACCGUUAGAGAAGAAGGUCGAGAUUGAAAUGGUGAACAGUAAACAUUUUCUGGGCUACUCUCGACUGGGGGCGGAGAUUACUGCGCGCGAACAGGACUAUCGGGAGCAGUUCGAUUUCGCCACAGAGUUACCAACUCCAGGGCCUGAUGAACCACUCUAUCGAAAUAUUCGGGGCCCUAAUCAGUGGCCCGAUGAAAGCGCCAUUCCUGGCUUUCGCCAGGCCAUCGAGGCCUAUCUCGAUGAAAUCAGCCCACUAUCAGAUGCAUUUCGGGGACUCAUUUCAGAGGCACUCGAUCUGCCACCGACCGCGCUGGACCCGUACUUUGACGACCCACAGCAACUGAAGUUGAAGUUGAUCAAAUAUCCCCCGCCGCCUGGGUCCUCGACCGAGGCAGAGGUUCAAGGCGUCGGCCCUCAUAAGGAUUCGGAAUUCCUGACCUUUCUCCUCCAAGCAUCGCCCCACUCCGGAUUAGAAGUGCAGAAUAAAUCGGGCGAUUGGAUCUCGGCUGCGCCGGUGGAGCAUUCCUUGGUGGUGAACAUUGGGCGCGCGUUGGAGGCCAUCACAGGGGGCGUGUGCACGGCGACGACUCAUCGGGUAUCCCUUGCGCCCCGGAAUUUUAUCGAUCAGACGGGCGCGCCUCUCGGGCCGCGGUUCUCCAUCCCUGUGUUCCUGGGAAUGGGCCUCGAUCUCUCUGCUGAGAAAAUCGGCCUGCAGAUACCACAGCAUAUCAGGGAUCUGAUCCAGGAUGACAAGGUACGAUCGGAUGCGGAGGCUACGUUUAAUCGCAUCUUCAGCGGCCGGACAGGUGAGGGAACGCUCCUGCACCGGGUGAUCAGCCACCAGGAUGUGGGUCGGCGAUGGUAUCCCGACCUCUUGGAUUUCGCUCUGAGACAAUACGAGAAUCCGUAG